AUGAGGUUUUCAUGUGAAAUGAGCGGUAAAUAUAGGCCGUUUGUGAAGAAGGUUGAGGGGAAGGAGGUGGUUGUGAAGAAGAGAGUGCGGUCCAUGGGCACCAAGAAAUGUGAAUGCUCAUUUGAAUUGAAAGCUGUAAAGGGCAAUGAUGGUUGGUCUGUCUCUAUCCACAAUGGCACUCACAACCAUCCUCCAGCGGUAUACUUAGAGGGCCAUUCGUAUGCCGGGAGGUUGUCAUUAGAGCAGACUGCCACAGUGGUUGAUUUGUCAGUCUUUUUGGUGAAGCCCAAAGAAAUCCUAACCCAUUUAAAGGUUCAAGAUCCUCAAAAUGCAACGACAAUGAAAAUUGCGUACAAUAUAUGA